UUAAAAAAAAACCCCUCCAAUUCUCAUCGCACUUUACUCAUUUCCUUCACCAUUUCUUCAUCAAAUGGAAAACACCACCACCCAAAUCAAAGAUCUAAUCAACCAACUAGUCCACCAUCUUCAAACCAACCCAAAUCCUGACCCUGACCCAAACCCUGACCCAAAAGAUGUCAAAUACGCUCUUCGAAUCCUAUCAAGCAAAAUGAACCCACCAAUCCUACCCAACGAAGCCACAUUAUCAAAUUCCAUCAAAACCCAGUUGGCUAAACAAGGUAAACUCUCUGAUGCUUUAACUUUUAUUGAUCUUUAUUCGAAAUUCGUGUCGAAAACGGGCCCAGGUAGUGUUACCCACAAAAAAUCUUUACUUUAUUUGCUUAAAACUAUCUCAGAAGAUAAAAAUAGUAACCCAAAUGUAGCUACAUUGGUUAAUAAUCAUACUUUAAGUAGUUCGGAUAACGGGCUAGUUGGAAACGGGCUAAUUGGUAGUAAGUUUAGGAAUGGUGGGGUUUUGGGUAUAUCGAGAGGGUGGGGCGAUAAUGCGAGUGAAAUUGCGGUGAGAGAGUUUGAGAGGUUAAGGAAGGAAGAGGGUUCAGUUUUAGAAGAGGGUUUAGUUAACGACGUUUUGGAUGUUUGUCGAGGGGUUGAGGGGAAGUAUGUGAAGUUUGAUGAAAAUGUUGAUGGGUUUGUUGUACUAGAUUGUUUUAAGGUUGGUAAAAGUACUAGGAUUAUGGUUCGGAAGUUGUGUGAGUUAGGGUGGUUGUUUAGAAAGGUGAAUGGGUAUAUUGGUGAUGAUAAGGUUGGGACGGUUAGGAAAGCGUUUUGUGGUGCGUUGGAAGACGAGAUUGUUGAGUAUCGGAAGUUGAUGAGUGUGCUUAAGUUGGAAGCAAUGAAUCCGAAGGGGUGUCUUAGUUUGAGGAGAUUGGUGAUGUGGUUUGUUGAACCGACGGUUAGGAUGAGGAGAAUGGCGGUUCUUGUGGACAGUUGUGAGGAUCUUAAAGGUGGAGCGAUGGCUGGUGAGAUUCAUUUGCAUGCUCAACAUGGUGACCCGUUGCUUCAUGAGUUUAUGAAACGGUUACUUCAAAAAGUGUCAUCGCCUCUUUUUGAAAUGGUUAGGAGUUGGGUUUUGGAAGGGGAGUUACAAGAUUUGUAUUCAGAGUUUUUUGUUUCAGAAGAGUCGGUUAAAGUUGAGAGUUUAUGGAGGGAGGGUUAUCGAAUUAACGAGCUUAUGCUUCCGUCUUUUAUAUCUAAGUCUCUUGCUAAUCGUAUACUAAGAACUGGGAAGUCCAUUAAUUUUCUCAGAGUUUGUUGUGAGGAUCGUAGUUGGGCUGAUUUAGCAACGGAAGCCGCUGCCUUGGUUGGAGUUACUCCGAGAAGAGGGGGCCUUGGAUAUGGUGAGACUAAUGAACUCGAGUCUUUAGUAGCUGAAGCAGCUAAGAGAAUAGAUAAACAUUUGUUGCAUGUUAUUUUUAAUCAAUAUAAGUUUAAAGAGCACUGUUUAGCUAUUAAACGCUAUAUACUGUUAGGGCAAGGCGAUUUUGUUCAAUACUUAAUGGAUAUUAUCGAGCCAGAGCUUUCUGAGCCUGCUGAAACUAUCAGCUUAAUUCAUUAUAAGGGGUUAUUGGAGAAGGCCAUUCAGUCAUCGAGUGCACAAUACCAUGAUCAUGACAAUUUAGAUAGAUUGACGGUUAAGCUAAUGCCACAUAAGGCUGGAGACAGGGGGUGGGAUGUGUUUUCUUUGUAUUAUGAUGUGAGAGUUCCUCUAAACACUGCAUUUACAGAAUCCGUGAUGAGUGAUUACUUGAGAAUCUUUAAUUUUUUGUGGAAGAUUAAAAGGGUAGAACAUGCGGUUCGCGGUGCUUGGAAGGCCAUGAAGCCGAAUUCGACUACUUGUGAUUUUAUAAAUAAGUUGCCAAAGGCUGUGAGGUCUCAGAUAACUUCGACAUUGAAAAAUUGGCAAGUUCUAUGGGCUGAAAUGAACCAUUUUCUUUCAAAUCUGCAGUCAUAUAUAAUGCUUGAAGUUUUGGAGGUUACUUGGGAUAAAUUUUGUAAUGAGAUGGAAGCAGCUAAAGAUCUCGAUGAUCUAAUUGCUGCUCAUGAUAGAUACCUUGCUACAAUUGUUGAGAAAUCGCUACUUGGAGAAAGAUCUGAAGUUCUUUACAGGACUCUUUUGAUGUUGUUUGAUGUCAUAUUGCGGUUUUGCAGUGUUACUGAUCGACUUUAUGAAGGCAUUUCUGAGUUUGAAAAAAGGAAUACUAAAAAUCAGACUAAAGCAGUUAAUAAGUCUAAGAGCAAAGGCUCAGAAGCAGAUUCAUGGCUUACUGAAGGAAGAAAAGCUGUAACACAACGUGCUGGUGAACUCUUUAGUAAUAUGGGACAAGAUUUGGAUGCGGUUUCCAAGGAAUACUCAUCUAUUUUAAAGGGCUUCAUUUGUCGAUUGCCUAUGCAGCAACACACUGACAUGAAAUUCCUUGUGUUUCGGCUAGACUUUUCUGAAUUUUAUAAAUUGGCAGCCUAGUUCUGAUGGUGAAGUACUGAAGUUAGCAUUCAAGUUGAAGUAAUCUAACUAUUGUAGAAUGUUUAGAAUGGGGAACACACAGUGGCUUUUGAAAUUCAGAUAAUGCUAUUGGCUCAUGAGGUGAUCGACCCUGCAACGAUAAUUCGAGAUUCCAGCGGAAGCAGGAACUAUUACUUCAGUUUCCUAAGCAUGAGGUAGAAGGCAUGGUUAUAUUGCUUCAAAAAUGGAAAAUUUUGAUAUGGGUAAAAGGUGUCAUCUUUGCAAGUCCAUCAUUGAGAAUCCCGUGGGAAGACCAGAUUUCGUUAGCUGGGUGGUUGCAGCAUCUGGUUUCUAUGGUUCUUUUUGGAUGUUUUUUAUGAGGAUUGCAUGGCUUCCAAGUUCCUUUUCAGUAGAAGCUUAUAGUAACAGAGAUCUUAAAAUAUGAUUGGUUGCUAGAUUAUAAUUAGGGACAUGAAAUAUUGGAACUUUGGCACUAUCAACCAUUUUGUGCCAUACUGGAUUUUCGACCCCUGAUUAAAUUUUGGAUAUUAUGACAUAAUGCAAUGGUUUGUUUUUGUCCUUUUUAACUGGCAAUCACUAGAAACAUGUAUGAACUGCUUGUUGCUGCUUUAAUCUUUAUAUAAGGGUACUAUGAUUUUUUCU